ACCGGCAACGUAUCCAUAAAUAAAUAACAAGCACCUGGAAAUCAAUGGGAACUUAAGGAUGCACGGCUCCUGGAAAUAUGCACUGCCUAUUGGCUUCGUGUUAUACUCAUUACCGCUCUUCCUGCGUGUUAACAGCACUUCAGAUUACAUUGUUGACGAGGAGUUCCACAUACCACAGGGCCUGGCAUUUUGUAACAAGAAUUUUGAUGUGUGGGACUCCAAGAUCACUACCUUUCCCGGUUUGUACUUCAUAGCGUUAGUGCUACAUCCCUUCAACUGGUGCAAUGUGACUGGACUGCGACUGCUUAGUUUAGCCGGCGCUGGCAUCAACAUCUUACUGCUCUAUAAAAUACGCCGGCGAACUCUGGCUGGCGUGGGUGGGAAUGCUUAUGCGGCACAUGAAGCUAUAACAUUGUCGGUGCUUCCGCCUUUGUAUUUCUUUAGUCAUCUGUACUACACGGACACAUUGUCGCUUACUAUGGUGCUCUUAUUCUACAAUUACUGGCAGCAAGAGGCGCAUCUGCCGGCAUCUGUUUUUGCUGCAGCCAGCGUGCUGAUGCGUCAAACAAACAUUGUCUGGGUGUGCAUGUGCACCGGCAUUACAGUGCUGGAUACACUGACUAUAAAAUGCGCCAAAACCCGUACCCGUACUUCUUCAAAGAAGAACAUACGUAUCUUUGGCCGUGAGCUUUGGCUGCUGCUCAUCAGCAGUCCGCGUUUGGUCUGCUCGUGUUUUUUAAGCAUUUUAGCCAAAUGCUGUUUCUAUGCUUCCAUUAUAUUGCCAUUCAUUGGUUUCAUUUACAUCAAUGGCUCCAUCGUCGUAGGCGAUAAAAACGCACAUGAGGCAGAAGUACAUCUGCCUCAGCUAUUUUACUUUGCUGUCUUUGCGGCUGUCUUUGGGAUUUCCAAUACGCUGCGGCAGUUCCGUACGGCUGUGGCUCUAUUGCGACGUCACUUCUUACUCGCGAUAUUGGCUGCUGCGAUAAUUUUUGCUGUUGUGCAUCUUAACACUAUGAUUCAUCCAUAUUUGUUGGCCGACAAUCGUCAUUAUACCUUCUAUAUAUGGAGACGGCUGUAUGGCCGCUUCUGGUGGUUCCGGUACGCAAUGGUGCCGGUAUAUCUGCUGGCGAUUACUAUCAUCUAUUCCGGUCUGCGUCACAUGAGCGACAGCUUUAAGUUAAUGUAUCCGUUGGCGUUGGUGCUGGUUCUUUGCUUUCAACGUCUGCUUGAACUGCGUUAUUUUCUGGUGCCCUAUGUGCUCUUCCGCCUGCACACACGUCCUGCACGCAAAGGCUUUGCAGAGUGGCUGGAGCUGGGCGUACAUCUGCUGCUUAAUGUCGCUACCUUCUACAUAUACUUUACUAAGGAGUUUUAUUGGCAAAACUAUAGCACACCACAGCGUAUUAUCUGGUAGCUGAGUGGUCAAAUCAU